AUUAUUGAAGAAAAAAUGUUUCUUGCAAUAAGUUUCCAUAACUUGUUUUGCUAAGAAGAUCAAACAAACAUUGUCUUCGUCUUCGCUAUGGCCGGUACUUCGUUUCUUGAUACCGUUUUUCGAAGAAAAAAGAAGAACUCUUCUGACUUCAUCACUACUGGUUUCCUAGGCAGUAAGUCUUCGUUUUUUCUCCUUUCGAAUUUUGACUUUGAAACCAUUAGAGCUGCAACUGAUAACUUCUCACAUGUGAUUGGUCGUGGCGGAUUUGGUUCUGUCUACAAGGGUAGGCUUCAAAGUGGGGAAGAAAUAGCAGUCAAGAGAUUUCUUGGAAGUUCCACCAGAAGUGAGAGAGAUUUUAGUAAUGAAGUCGAGAUUUUGUCAAAGCUAAAGCACAAAAAUCUGAUCCAUCUUCUUGUUUCUGCUCUAAACAAGAACCAACGUUACCUUGUUUAUGAGUUCAUGCCUAACUCAAGCCUCCAAAGUUAUAUAUCUGAUCCACAUAGAGAUUCUCAUCAGCUAAGUUGGGAGAUGUGUCGAAACAUUGUCCAAGGCAUAGCUCGAGGGCUACGUUACAUUCAUGAAGAAUCCCAGUUAUGGGUUGUUCACCGCGACAUUAAACCUUCAAACAUUCUAUUGGAUUUAGAAUUUAAACCAAAGAUCGCGGGGUUCGAAUUGGCGAGGAUGAUGCAACAAGGUGAGAGUGAAGGAGAAUCAACUGUAAUUGUCGGUACCAUAGGGUUUUUAGAUCCAGAGUACAUGAGAACUGGUCGUGUUUCUAUCAAAUCCGAUGUUUAUGCCUUUGGAGUUACCAUCCUGAUGAUUGUUGAAUCCGAAAGAGCUUAUAGUAGUGGGGACCAAGAAUUACUAAUUGAAUAUGUUAUGAGAUGUUGGAACAGAGGAGAAGCCAUUUAUGUGAUCCAUGAAGUGAUGAGAGAACAAGAAAGAGAAGAUUCGAUAAGCGAAAUCUUGAGAUACAUUCACAUUGCGUUGCUAUGUAUCAAUGAAAAUUCAGAGACAAGGCCGACUAUAGAUAAAGUUCUCCAUUGGUUUAGUUGUUUCUUCACUCCUUUACCCGAACCAACAAUUGGUGAUCGAUUUCUUGAAGAGGCAGAAACAAAUCUGUCUUUUUCGCCAUCUCUAUCUCCAGGAUAUAGCUCUGAUAUGUCUCCUACGUCAUCACGUUAGGGGGAUUGAACAUGGUCGCAGAAGAUUACCUCUGCUUGAGUACUCUGUUUAUUGGGUUGAUGAGAGUUUAUGAUUGAGAAUUAUUUAUUGAUUACUCUUGUGUAAUAAAUACGCAAAUUACAUUUACAUAUUGGUUUAAAUCCUCUUAAACUACUCUAUACUAGGAUAAGAUCCGCGCCUUGCGCGGGAUGAAGUUGUUAUUUUUAUUAUGUUUUGGAGAAUGAAACAAUAGUUCGGUUUCAUUUAGAUUAGGAGUGUUCAAUCCGGAUAUUGGGUUGGUUUCGGUUAUGUUUGGUUUUUACUGUAUUUCGGUUAGUAAAAUAUAACUACUAUUCUAAAUCCAUAUUUACUUCGGUUCGA